AUGUAUGUUCAUCACCUAAAUAAUACCAACACUUUUUGUUUUGUCAACUCAGUUACAGGACAAUAUUCUUGUUAUAACUCUGGCGAUUUGAAUACUCGAAAAAUUGAAUCGUCUCGAUAUCUCCAACUUCCAGCACCAGGAAAUGACCAAACAACAGAUUCGGCAAUUGUAUUGCGUUCAGAAAAAGGAUCAUUGACAUAUGGUUAUUUUAGAAUCUCUGCAUUAGAAGGAAACCAUGUUCUUCACCCAAGAAUAAGUUAUAAUUAUCAAAAUAGAUUCCUAGGUUUACAAAUCUAUGAAGGUACAUUUUCAGUUGUACAUUUAUUUUCAAACCAAACCAUUCAACAAUCACCUGCACAUCUGAUCCUUUGCAAAAAUUCUUGGUCAUCGACUGGUAUUUACCAAGUGGCCUAUGAUACAACAUCCACUUGUUCAUCCAAUGCCAAGAAAAUGAUUGAUACUACCAGUAUUCUUAAUGAUCCAGCCUACUCCGAUGGAAAGUUCUUUUUCCUUCCUCCGUCAAUGCCUGAAAUGGUAGUCUGUGACUCGAAAGGAAAUACCUAUGGUCUCAAGGAUAUAGCACUCUUUAAUUAA